ACAGGAAACCCACAAGAGAAAGAGAGGGAGGGGGAGAGGGAGAGGGAGAGAGAGAAACAAAUGAAAGUUGAAAAUAAAACAUGGAAGAAUAGGAAACCACACAUGACACGUCAUGAAAGAAGUAUAUCAUCAUCUAUCGAUGUAGGCAAUUCACAUUGCUACACUCUUGGACCUGUUACAGCACCGCUUAUAUAAAAAGCAUAUCCAAUCAACAGAAUACAAGCAACAAAACAAAAAAAAAAGGCUUCUUAAAAGUUUAAAAAUGUUUCAGUUAAUAACGAGAAUCCUGGCAAUCCACCGGAAUGAAGUAACCACAAACUAUUAAUAUCCAUUGCAAGAAUGCAUACAGAAGUAACUCAUCCAAUAAUAGAAAACAGAAGUUACAGAACACAGCCAAUCAGUGUCAUCGAAUUACCUGCCAAACACCAUGAUAUCACGUUACAUGAUUCAACCUAUCUUCCCAAACUCACUGUGAUGGAAAUUGAGGCGUUAUUUAUCCCAGCAACAUCAGCUUACACCUGACGUUAAAAGUAGCUGUCCGAACCAAGAAUUCCCCUCAGGAAGGAGAAAAGAAAGAAAAGGGAAAAAAGAAAAAAUGGAAAAAAUGGGACCAAAGAAAAAAGAAGGGCCAAGAGUAAGGAACUGAGUCUAUAAAGAAUAGAGCAAUAUUGCAGACAGUAGCAGUGAAUUAUUGCAUUAAUCAACACUACCAAAGAAGUUCCAAAAAAAGACUUCAUGACAUAAACUCCCCACCAUAUUGUGACUGCAUACCUUUAUUUAAAUCAGUAAAAAUGAAUCCUGCAAACUGAUCCUAGACAGCUCCAACAGGAAAGACCACAUAUAAUCUGCAUGAGUUUGGGAUAUAACAGGUCCCCCAGAUAUUAAAUGUAAAUAAAAAUUGAACCUAUGAUCAAGCAUAUAAUUGAAGGACAAGUGUUAGGAAUCAAGACAAAAAAGACCAGUAGAAGGUGUUUUCAGAGACUAACUCAGGCAAGGGUUAGGAAAUGAACAUGAAGUUAGUUUUUCCCUACUCGAUAUAUAAGUGAGUUUUCAAAGAUAAACUCAAUUGUGAUGAAUCCCCUGUACCUACAUUAUGCCAAGGACCUACGACUUAAUUAAGAUUCAAUCAUGCAAUAUAUACAUGAAUACAGAUGUAUAAGAGACAAAGAAAAACAUAAAAAAAAAGAAAAGACGGCAAUAAUCCUUAGGAUAAAUAGUCACUAAAAUUCAUAAAAUAUCAAUAGAGAAAAUAGUCUAACAUACACAGCAGCAACAGAACCUUGAUAUAAACAUUGCAUUGUUGAUUGCAGGUGAAAACAGAACACUGCCAAAGAUACUUCAUCCAUUUUAAUAUCAGCUCAGAUACUCAAAGUCCAACCAGUUUGAUUAUCCUGCAAAAGAUGAA